AUGCGUCAAGACAUUCCUUUCUUUGACCAGAAGGAGCACAGCAGCGGUGCUCUGGGAUCAGCCAUAUUUAACCACGCUGCAAAUAUUGGCUCGGCUAUGGGAGUCGUUUUGUGCCAGGUUUUGAUCUCAUUCGGCAAUUUGCUUGGUGCCCAAAUUCUCGCAUUUGCUAUGCAAUGGCUCCUGGCCAUCUCCACAUUUCCAGUUAUGCUGUCACUUCUAGGUGCUAGCUACUUGAAUGUGUACCUAAUGGAGAAAUUUGAGCUUGCAGUUCAAGAGCCGAUCGAGCGAUCCUCAUCGUAUAUCGCGGAAGUCAUCGACGCCAUUGGCACUGUCGCGUCCUUGGGCCGUGAGGCUGACGUUUUGCGCCACUUUUCUCGCGAAAGUGAGCGCGGUCGGCCAUACAUGUGGAAGCUCAUAUCUGGCACAUUAUUCUAUGCCUACACCCAAUUCUCUCUAUAUGGUAUCGCAGCGUUGCUGAUGUAUUGGGGCGUCACGCUCAUGAAGGAAAACCGGUCAACAGCAUUCCAUGUGUUUGCUGUGUUUGAGGGCGAGUUUGUCGCUUUCUUUGCGGCUGUACGACUCACGUCCUUCAUGCCCGACGUUGCUCGCGCACGCCUCGGUCUCAAAUCUGUACGAAAUUGGCUUUCGCGCGAGCCACAGUAUGCAUCAAUCUCUGAAACGACCGAAUGGCCACCAAAAGGCCCACGUGAUAUUGUGUUCCGUGACGUGGAACUUCGGUAUCCUCAGCGCCCAACUCACGCUGCCAUCCGUGACUUGAAUCUAACCAUUCCCGAGAACACGACUGUCGCUUUCUGCGGCACAUCAGGAAGUGGUAAGAGCUCAACAUUAAGUCUUCUGCAGCGCUUUUAUGACCCAGCACGAGGCACGAUCACAUAUGGAGGUAUUGAUCUCCGCUCCAUUCCUAUUCAUAAAUGGCGCGCAGAAAUGGCUUUUGUGUCGCAGGACCCAGUGCUGUACGAAGGCACUCUUCGAUGGAACUUGCUGCUCGGUGCUGUAGACCCAUCUAUAAUUACGGACGACGACAUUGAAGAAGCCUGUCGGCAGGCAUGUGUCUGGGACUUUGCAAUGGCUCUGCCUGAUGGUCUCGAUACCAUGAUCGGCCAUAAGGGAUCAUCACUAAGUGGUGGCCAGUGUCAGCGUGUAUGUAUCGCGCGCGCAUUGCUGCGGCGUCCCAAGAUCUUGCUCCUCGAUGAAGCCACAUCUGCCCUUGACGCUGAGUCCGAGGUCUUGGUCCAACGCGCUCUGGACAAUGCUGCUGCAAACUGUACUACUGUGACCAUUGCACAUCGCCUCUCAACAAUUCGCCGAGCUGAUUUAAUCUGUGUAGUUGAAGAUGGCGUUAUUGUGGAGCGCGGUACGCAUGAGUCUCUGGUCGCACAGCACGGACGUUACUUCGAGCUUGUGGAAGCACAGUUGUAA